AUGGUUGUAUUUGGCGGGCAGGACUUUACAGAUGUUCCGCUGAGCAGCAUCUACCUCCUGGACCUAAAGACGUUGGUUUGGACGAGAGGAGUCGAUGCCGAUCCGUCCCAGAAGCGAUUAAACAUGGCAUGCACGGUCGCCGGUGACAACUUCAUUGCCUGGGGAGGCGACUCCUAUCCAACUCGCGUAGGCCCUAUUGGGACACUCAUCAUUUACAACCUCAAGAUCAACCAAUGGACGGCCCAAUUUUCAAUAUGGCAGGGAAGACAGGCAGACGCCACCGCCGAUGCAGCAUAA